AGCAAGUGAAAAUUGUGAGGUUCUAAAACACAAGAAAGCCUCUUGGGCGCUACGGGCCAGCCCACGUGACUGGGAGGAAGGCGCUCCCGCCCAUGACGGGAUGUGAAAACUAUGCCUGGGGCCGGCGCCUGGCCCGCUGCAGCCUCAGCGGAAGGCGAAGACGCAGAGCUUCAGGAGCACGGUCGAGAACCUCCUAGCUGCGAACGACUCUGGACGUAGCCGGCAGCAGCGAGGGAUGAAGAAAUAGAAAAGAAGAUAACUUUGUUACUAUGUGAUGUGAUGUUAUAUAAAGCAGUAUCCAGUACUGCCUGAAUCAUCUUUACCUGGUCAGUGGCAUCUCUGUGACACUUAUCUAAAGAAGUCCUCUGAGUUCAGAAAAGUGACUUGACCAGCGACACACCACUGCUCCUUCCAGUCAUCAGUCUUUGGGCCAUAAGUCCUGUAUCCAUCUCAGCCACUACAGAAGAUGAUGGUCUGAUGAUGAGUGCCUCACCACCAACACCCCUCCAAAAUAUAUUCUGGAUCACCACCAUGAUCCCCUGGGUGCUCUUGGCUUGUGCCCUCCCCUGUGCUGCUGACCCGCUGCUUGGCACCUUCACUCGCAGGGACUUCCAGAAAGGCUCCCCUCAACUCAUCUGCAGCCUGCCUGGCCCCCAGGGCCCACCUGGUCCUCCAGGAGCCCCAGGGCCCUCAGGAAUGGUGGGACGAAUGGGCUUUCCUGGCAAAGACGGCCAAGAUGGCCAGGACGGGGACCGGGGGGACAGUGGAGAGGAAGGUCCACCUGGCCGAACAGGUAACCGGGGAAAGCCAGGACCAAAGGGCAAAGCCGGGGCCAUUGGGCGGGCUGGCCCUCGCGGCCCCAAGGGGGUCAGUGGUACCCCCGGGAAGCAUGGCACGCCAGGUAAGAAGGGGCCCAAGGGCAAGAAGGGGGAGCCAGGCCUCCCAGGCCCCUGUAGCUGUGGCAGUGGCCGUGCCAAGUCGGCCUUCUCGGUGGCAGUGACCAAAAGCUACCCGAGGGAGCGGCUGCCCAUCAAGUUUGACAAGAUCCUGAUGAAUGAGGGUGGCCAUUACAAUGCCUCCAGCGGCAAGUUUGUCUGCAGUGUGCCAGGGAUCUACUACUUCACCUACGACAUCACAUUGGCCAACAAGCACCUGGCUAUCGGCCUGGUGCACAACGGCCAAUACCGCAUCCGGACCUUCGAUGCCAACACUGGCAACCACGAUGUGGCCUCGGGCUCCACCAUCCUGGCUCUCAAGCAGGGUGAUGAGGUCUGGCUACAGAUCUUCUACUCUGAACAGAAUGGACUCUUCUAUGACCCUUACUGGACUGACAGCCUCUUCACUGGCUUCCUUAUCUAUGCUGACCAGGACAACCCCAAUGAGAUAUAGACAGGCUGGGCUUGGGCCUCCUGGCAGGGAAUAACUUCUGGACUUGUGCAUAUGGUCCAAGAUGCCUAAACUGUAAACUAAGGGCAGAGUGAGCAUCUAGCCUCAGACUGACCUCCUCUGCCUCUUUUUAUCUCCAUCAUUAAAUUUUAGCUUUUUUAUUCAUCCA